GCAGUCGCCGCAGCCCUAAGAAUGCUAUGUUCAGACCUCUUGAUCGAGCUCGAGAAGCCGCUAUCUUCUUCUACGCCCCACUUGCCUGAGAAACAAUGCCAAGUAGUCAAGAAAGAGUACCACGAAUUUCUAGCCUCGACCGUUCAGUUUCUGCAUGAAGUUCAAGAGAGACAAAUGCUCUGGCAUUGGGGGCCUUACUCUCCUGUCUUUAAUGCUCUGGUUUGGAUGCAGGGACUUUGGGCUAGUCGGCAAGCGAAUAACCAAAACAGGAGUUUUAUAGAGCAGCAAAUGGGUCUAUAUUCAGCGACCGGCUGCUUUGGGAAGAGCCAAGAGGUUUUGCGGAGGGAUGUGGAGCUGGUGGAGUAUAUGAACGACUUGAUUGAUACUUUCAAUUGAUUGAAGCACUGGUAAAAGGCGAUUGUCCAGCAAGGCUGGGAAGAAUCAGAUUAUCGAAUAUCAGAGAAAGACGUCUUGAAAGCGUCUAAACCCGAUGGGGACAAUGAGUCAUUGUAUGAAAUGCAUAGCGUUUCUCUUCUACCAAAUAUGGAAAGCCCUAAUGCGCCUGAUCCGAUCGGAGCAAUGAGCGAUUAGUGUAUAGUGCAUACCCUUUCUCUUCCAAAUAUAGAAGCCUCCUUGUCCCGAGGCGAUUAUAAAA